AUGGCAUCCUUUUGUGUUGUGGUCUGCCUCUUCGUGGCAUGUCUCCCUCGAUCAUUGCAAUCUCAACCUCGAUCACAAGACUUGCAUCAGAACUAUCAACGUCUGUGGAACGCUAUAUGCGAUUUUCUGGCAGCUCAUACUCAUGAAUCUGUUUUCGUGCAGUCUUGCUUGGAAUUGCUGUCGCCUCUCCUCGGUCCUCUAACAAGUUCUAACACUCCUCCUGCCAUUAAGACCAGUCUUAAAGAGCUUGUUGGUCCACUUUCUAAAACGCUCGAGCAUUUGCGCCAGAGCUCAAAGAGUCCAGCUACAGCUGAAGAUCCCAUGGAUCUGGAUGACCGAUUCAUGGCCGAGACCCCACUAGCCACGGAUGAAACUAUUCUUAUCUUGAAUCGGAAUUCUCUGCCUAUCGUCCUUGACCCUAUCACAUAUCAACGCUGUGUCACCAUCCAACUGUCGAUAAUUCUCAGAACCCAAGCAGAUUCCGGCUCAUCAUCUGUCGUCGAAUACCUGACAGGCUUGGAUGAAGCCGAUAUCCUGGCAGCCCAAGCUAUUUUACCUGAAAUUUUCCAGCUCUGCUCGAAAUCGGAGCCCUCAGAACUGCUCUCCAUCCUAGAAGAUUUGGGUGAAAAGUGUCUACAGUCUUAUGAAAUGGAGCGGUGUGAGGCUUCACAUUGCGUUUGCAUCCGCAUGAUGACCAGCUUUGUCGAUUCCUGGACAAAGGGGCCUGACGAUACCUUGAAAGAGUCGGCUAUGGACUUGUAUACUUGGUUCAUGGAAGCGCUGCUGGCUCGGAAGAGAGCUGCCCCGAAAGUCUACAUUGCCUUAGCCGAGCUCAUCCAGGGGGUGAUUAGCACAUGCCCCUCAUACGGCAAUGAGCAGUCUCUUCCGUCACCACGAACAAGUUUGUUCACAAUCCUUCGAGAAGGUGAUGUUCCGGUGAAAUUCAAUGUUGCGAAAUUCAUACCUGCAUUAUUUGAGCGGUUUAUUCUCAAAGACCACGAUGCCAUCUUCGAUGAUGUAUUGGAAAGCUUGCCGCGAGACCCGGAAUGGAUCGAGGGAAUUGCAGUCCGCCUUUUUGUGCUUUCGCAGUUGGCUUCUAGGUGGCACACUCUGCUGCGAAGAAGCAUCUACCAUCUAUUUGAAACCCCAGCUCAAGUGCCAUUAUCACUGUGGUACGCCGAGAGAUGUAUGGUCUCUGUUUCUCAGACCCUUGGUAUGCAAGACGCCAAAGAACUCUUUCGGCUUUUCUCGUCCCAAAUACUCUAUACAUGGACCGAGACACAGAGUAUCAUGUCUAUGCCAUAUAGUAUAUUUGGGUAUGACAGCCUUCAAAAGAUGCUAGUAGAUGUCAAAGAUGAAAUCGUUGGGCAAAUGAUGAUGCGUGCCAAGGAACAAGAGACAAUUGAGCUUGCGAAACACCUCCAGAUUCCACAUCUCGUGCUCUUGGAGACCUCCUUUCACAAGGCCGAGGCAUAUAGCAUCGCACGAGACAUCAGUACUCCUCCAGGACAAGGUAGUCAGCCCAAGGGUGUUGAGAUCCGUCUGCGGAAACUUCUCGGGGCAGACCAAUUCAUGACACAAAUAGAGAGCCAGUUCCCCCUAAUUAUUGCUACGUUUUUCAAAUCCCUCGACUACUACGACCAGAUCGACCGAGCAUUCUCAAAGCGUGAAAACUUCGGUUAUGCGCUCGACAUUCAGACGCAGAUAAUCAACAAAAGCACCUCUCAAAAUUCAUUGCCAGCAAAUCAACAGCCCUCCUUUCGAGCACGAUAUCUCCUGGAUGAGAUUGAGUUUCUUUGCAGACGCAUUGGGUUUGAAUUUGAAUUAAUAUGGACACCAUCGCUGGUGUCUUUUGUUUGCCGUUCGCUGCUUGAAUCAAUACAUCCCGCCCUUGGUUCGCUUCAUGCUUGUUCUGUCAUCCGCAAAAUAAGAAUCCUAACCUGUGUGGCUGGCCCCAUCAUACUUCAAGACUAUCCUCUAGAGAUGACACUAAGCUCUUUGCGACCUUUCCUUGGCGACAUUCAUUGUUCUGAGGAUGCUCUGGGAAUUUUCUGGUAUCUACUCGAGGCAGGGAAACCAUAUCUCCAGGUGACACCAGGAUUCACUGCAGGUAUUGCUGUCUCGACACUGGUCACACUCCGCAGAAUAUUUUCGUCGUUACCUGAGAACACGACUCAGGAAAGUCAGUUGAGAAAAGUGCAGUCAAAUGCAAAAGAAUUCUAUCAAUGGCUGGUCGAGCUCUUCAGAGAGCUCCGUCUCUCUGAUUGGGAUGCAGAAACGAAUGUAUCAUUUGAUCGGCUUGUUUCACUAGCUGAGAAAUUCUCAACAUCUCAGGACUCCUCGGGUGGACAGGUUGGGAAAGAUCUGGUCUUUGAAAUUCUCAAAGACCGGGAUUCUGUGACUUCGCUGUUGAGUAAGCCUGUAGCUGAUCUUGUUCUGUCGCUCUUAUGUCCCGAAUUCGAGCAGACAUCAGACAAUGGGAAUUGGGUCUCGAAUGAAGAUGUGGAUCCCACUUCCCAUGUUGUAUCUCUAUGGCACACACUUCAAAACUCCAAUGGAGGACCUCAGUAUCGACUUUGGGCAGCUCGGGUCAUUGGAAGAUCCUUCGCUGCCACUGGGAAGAUUGAUCAAUUGCUCCUGCGAGAACAGGAUCUCUCACUGUUUCAAUCUCCUGAAACCUCUUUGUCGUCUGAUAUUUUCUGCCAUUCCAAGGCCAGAAUUCUUCGGGUGCUUUGCGAUAUGCUACACGUGCAAAAGCAUUUUGAAGCUGGCCUGUUUGAGCGUACUUUGCAGAUGAUCGUCGGCAAUAUCACACGUUAUCCGGAUUUCCAAGGUUGCAGCGAGAUGAUUCCAGAAUCUCUGAUGAAAGCCCUCAUCUGGAACCCAUACAUAUGUCCCGCCGUUGUACUUUCGAAUUCGGAGCAGGAGAGAUGCGAAAAUGCAACAACCAGCGCAUCCGGGCUGUCGGUUGCUGAUUGGGCUCGCAGCGUUUCCCUGUUCUUAUCGAAUGCUUCUUUAGAAGACCCAGUCAUUGGGUCUCUUCGCAAAGUUCUCAACGUGACCCCUGGCUUAGCAGUGCAGCUGUUGCCAUACGUGGUUCAUGAUGUUCUGCUGUCAGAAAAAGAUGAUAAAGGCGAAAGGGUAGGGGUCCGAGAAGAUAUCUCAGCUGCUUUCCGACAGGUGUUAUCUGAGGCUGGCGAGGAAACAUUACCCCACGCUCAGCUUGUGAUCAACUGCAUUCUCUACCUUCGUGAUCAACCUGUGCCAGAUGAGUCAACUAUAGUCCAGCGCGAUAAAUGGCUUGAUAUUGACUUUGGUGAGGCUUCUUUGGCUGCACAUCGCUGCGGUUUGCAUAAAACCUCGCUGCUCUUCCUGGAAAUACAAACAUCCCGAGUGGCUGCAACAUCUCGUCGGUCAUCUGUCGUUAAAUACGAGCCACCGCCUGCUUUGCUGCAUGAUGUUUUCAAAAACAUUGAUGACCCGGACUUGUUCUAUGGCAUUCAGCAGAGCUCAUCUUUGAGCAGCGUUAUGGAACGGCUAGAGUACGAAAGCUCUGGAUUCAAAAAUCUCCUGUUCCAGAGUGCAAAAUACGACAGUGAAAUCCAGAUGUCUGACAAUGGAGAAUCAUACGGAGUCUUGAAGGCUUUGAAUGCUACAAACCUCCAGGGCAUUGCCAAUACGAUGCUCUCUGCCUCCAGUAGUGCAAACGAUGCGCCUGUCGCCUUUGACAGCAUGUUGCAGGCUGCAACUAGUCUUCAAAAAUGGGAUAUUCCAGUAUCACCUUUGGAUUCAUCCCCGUCUGCCACUGUAUUCCGUACAUUCCAAAGUCUCAAUACCUCAGGCUCUCUGCUCGAGGUCGCUGGCUCAAUUGAAAACGGUCUGUUGACAACACUGGGUUCUCUUCUCAAAACCAGCAGAUCCGCUAUUCAGUUGCGAAGCUCAAUGCGCGCAUUGGGAAUUAUGACUGAAAUCAGCGACACUUUGCAAUCCGCGAGUUCUGAAGAUAUGGAGGAAGGGUGGCAAAAUAUUAUGGCUAGAAGUAGCUGGUUGAAAACCGAGAGAGAGAGCAGCUAUCACGAAGUUGGAGAAAUUCUAUCAUGGCAUGAGGCGUUGUUUUCAUCAGUCAGGAAGAAUGACAUCCUCAAGUCACGGGCAAAACUGAGUCUCGGGGAUUCACGACUUCUGGAAGCGAAAGUCAUUCGACGAUCCCUGGAAAUCACAAGAACUCACGGUAUCUCCCAGGCAUCACUCAAAUCUGCAAUGAGCCUUUCAAAGCUUGCCGAACCGUGCGCAGCGUUGGGAAUGAACAUUGACGGCGCUUCAAAAUUCGACCUUGCCAAUGUUUUGUGGGAUCAAGGAGAGAUGACCGCGUCCAUUCGCAUGCUCCAGCAACUGAAGGGCCAGAAUGACCUUCAUAAGCAGGCAAUCCCCCUCAGUCGGGCUGAACUUCUCGUCACUUUGGGUCACUACGUCGCUGAAGCACGCUUAGAAAAGCCCGACUCGAUUCUUCAAGAGUACCUAUAUCCUGCAGUCAAGGAAUUGAAAGGAAACUCCGAUGGAGAAGAGGCUGGACGGGUCUAUCACGGGUUUGCAACCUUUUGUGAUCAGCAGCUACUGAACCCUGAUGGACUUGAAGAUUUCAAGCGAGUAGAACAACUGCGUGAUCGCAAGGAGAAAGAAGUUCUCGGUCUGGAGGAGAUGAUGAAGAAUGCCACAGGCAAGGAGAGAGAAUACUUGAAGAACUAUCGGGCCAAAGCAAAGCAAUGGUUUGACCUUGACGACCGCGAAUAUCAACGUUUGCUGCGAAGUCGGGAGGCUUUCCUCCAGCAGUGCCUCGAAAAUUACCUUCUCAGUUUGAGGGAAAGCGAUACUUACAACAAUGAUGCUCUACGUUUCUGCGCACUCUGGCUUGACAAAUCAGACAGUGAGACUGCAAAUUCAGCUGUUUCUCGGUAUCUCAACGAGGUACCCAGCCGGAAGUUUGCGCCAUUAAUGAACCAGCUAUCAUCUCGCCUACUUGAUGUUUCCGAUGAAUUUCAGAAAAUACUCACUCAAUUGGUGUUCAGAAUAUGUGUUGAGCAUCCUUUCCAUGGCAUGUACCAAAUUUUCGCUAGCAGCAAGUCCAAGGGAGGGAAGGAUCAGUCUUCUCAUUCGCGUUUCCGUGCUGCAAAUCAGCUUGUGGAUCGUCUAAAGAACGAUAGUCACAUCGGUCAGACUUGGAUUGCUGUGCACAAUGUGAACAUCAGCUAUGUGCGAUUUGCAGUCGACAAACCAGACAGCAAAUACAAAAGUGGUGCUAAAGUUCCGCUGAAGAACUUGACUACUGGCCAGCGUCUUGGACAAGAUGCCAUCACCUACAAACUACCACCACCGACAAUGAAGAUCGACCUCCGUGCAGAUUGCGACUACAGUCACGUUCCUACAGUCACGAAGUUCCACCCUGAAUUCACGAUUGCUUCCGGCGUUAGUGCCCCGAAAAUUGUGACCGCCGUUGCAUCCAACGGCGAGCGCUACAAGCAAUUGUAUAAGGGAGGAAAUGACGACCUGAGACAAGAUGCUAUCAUGGAGCAAGUGUUUGAGCAAGUCAGCAGUCUUCUGAGAGACCACCAACCCACACGCCAGCGAAACCUAGGCAUCCGAACAUACAAGGUCCUCCCAUUGACACCAAGUGCAGGAAUUAUUGAGUUCGUUCCGAACACAAUUCCUCUUCACGACUACCUAAUGCCCGCACAUCAAAGAUACUUCCCAAAGGACAUGAAACCCAACUCUUGCCGGAAACACAUCGCCGAUGUGCAGACCAAAUCCUUUGAGCAACGCGUCAGAACCUACCGACAGGUGACUGAGCACUUCCACCCAGUAAUGAAGUAUUUCUUUAUGGAGAAGUUUAACAACCCCGACGACUGGUUUAGCAAGCGGCUAGCCUACACACGAAGUACCGCUGCGAUAUCUAUCCUUGGUCAUGUCCUCGGCCUCGGCGAUCGACAUGGACAUAAUAUUCUCCUAGAUGAGAAGACCGGAGAGGUGGUGCACAUUGAUCUCGGUGUAGCCUUUGAACAAGGCCGUGUACUACCUGUUCCUGAGGUAGUUCCGUUCCGUUUGACGCGCGAUUUGGUUGAUGGAUUUGGCAUCACUAAAACCGAAGGCGUUUUCCGGCGCUGUUGCGAAUUUACCCUGGAAGCACUGCGUCAAGAAUCGUACAGCAUAAUGACGAUCCUUGAUGUUUUACGUUAUGACCCAUUGUAUAGCUGGACUGUCUCCCCGCUUCGGGUUAAGAAAAUGCAGAUGCAGGACAAUCAAGCCAGUGAUGGACCUCCAGCUCUGCCUGGUGCGGCUGACGCUCUCGUCUCGAAGAGCGAGAACGAGAAUGAGCCUAGUGAAGCUGAUCGUGCGUUGACAGUGGUGGCGAAAAAACUGAGCAAAACGCUCAGUGUCACUGCUACUGUCAAUGAAUUGGUGCAGCAGGCGUGUGAUGAAAGGAAUCUUGCCAUGUUGUACUGUGGCUGGGCGUCUUAUGCGUGA